GUCAGUCACGUAGAGCAAAGGCACUUUUCAAGAGGGCGGUUGCGAUCCGGCACCAGCGCGCAUUAUGGCCGAUAGUAAUCCGCAUCUGCCAUUCACUGUGCGUUCAAGAAGUCUCAUUUUGUGAAGAAAUCCCUUCGAAAAAGAGAGAGAAUUAUGUGCAUUUCAACUAAACAACUAUAAGUAAUCCUACGGACGCAGAUUAUCAAUAGCAUAAGGCAAGAAUCAUGAAGGUGGUAGGAGUCAUCGGAGCCGGAGCAUCAGGUCUCUGUGCUACUCGGCACAUCCUGGCCUCAGAGGAGCUAACCCCAAUAGUAUGGGAACAGUCGUCACAGAUAGGGGGUACGUGGAGGGUCUCCAAAGAUGUUGGGACAGACAGCAGAGGCUUUCCUGUACACUCAAGCAUGUAUGAGAGUCUGAGGACAGAUUUGCCAAAAUUGAUCAUGAAAUUCCCAGAUUUUGAAUUUCCAAGUACGGUAGAAUCCUUUGCACAUCACACAGCCGUUCUCAAAUACCUGGAAGAUUAUGCUGAUCAUUUCAAGCUUCAUCCAUAUAUUAAACUUGGCCACCAUGUAGAGAAUGUGGCUGUAGUGGAGAGUGACGAAGGGCCUCCGUCCUGGGCUGUUACAGUGAAAGAUCUGUCAACGGGUGUAGUCAGCACUGUCACAUGUGAUGCCCUGCUUAUAUGUAAUGGGCACUUCUCCACGCCUCAAAAGCCACAUAUUGAAGGGAUUGAGGAUUUCAAGGGUCAACAGAUUCACAGCCAUGACUAUCGUGAACCGUCACCAUACACAGAUUCUAAAGUUAUAAUCCUUGGUGCUGGGGCCUCUGGGCUGGAUAUAUUAAUGGAAGUAUCUACUGUUGCAAAGGAGGUACUUCUUUCUCACAACCUCCCAGUUCCCUUCCCUUCUGAGUUCCCUCCAAAUGUCAAACAAGGUUCAGGCAUAGUGAAAGCUGUGGAAAAUGGGUUUUAUCUUAAAGAUGGUAGUUUCCAAGAAGCAGAUGCCUUACUAUACUGCACUGGCUAUAAAUAUACCUUCCCAUUUCUUGAGGAUAAAUGUGGCAUCACAGUUGAGAAUGAUCAUGUGAAGCCAUUGUACAAGCAAAUCAUCAAUGCUUCCUUUCCCACAAUGGGGUUUAUAGGACUCCCAUCUCGUAUCAUUGCCUUCCCACUCUUUAACUACCAGGUACAAUACUUCCUCGCAACGUUAACAGGGAAAACUCCUCUACCAAGGACAGCUGAAAUGAAAUCAGAGAUUGAAGCCUAUGCUGGAGAGAGGAAGAACCAGGGAUGGAAAGAAAGCCAGUACCACAUCCUGCAGAAUGACCAAUUCCAAUACAUGGAAGACCUAGCAACUCUGGCAGGCGUGGAAUUGCCUUCACCACACCUGAAAAAGAUCUGGGGAGUGGUAAUACCGCGUUUGUUUUUCUCCUUUCCUAUCUUCAAGUCCUACGAGUAUGCCCUUGGAGAAGAUGGGGCAUUAGUCGAGAAGUGGGAGGGCAAGGUAGUCAGCACAUCCUGGGACCUUACAAUAUUAACGGCGAAACAGACAUUCCGGCUCCUGUGGCGCAAUUUUCCAAAAGUUACAUAUAUUCUGGGCUCUGCAAUUCUUAGGAAAUUGAAGGGUUUUGUUGGAUUGUGAUGAAUUUAACAUAUUGUCAGAGGAAUGGUUAAAUUGUAGAAGUUUAUGUGGGGUAUGUUCAUUUGUAAUUACUGUUGUAGCAUACUUUAGGGAAUAACAUAAUGAACAGAAAUAUUUAUAGUGCUGCUAAUAAGGAAAAAAAUAGGUAUUGAUUAAAGCAUAGUGUAUUUUUGAUGAUUCCUUAUUAUGGUAAGAUAGAGAUUUUUGCAAACAUUUUACAUAUGCUGAAUCAGUAAUAUAACCAAUAAUUAUCACCACAAUGCAUGAUAGAUUAUAUUCUUUUCGUAUUUAAAGAUCUUUUGUAAUUCUUUGAUAAUUUCAAUUUUUGUUGUUAAUGUGUCAGUAUUUUGUCACUUUCACUAUAUGAAACUUUCUGAGCCUCCAUUUAAUAAUACUUCCUUUGUAGAUCAUUUGGAGCAUGAAUAAAUAACAUGAAAAUGUGUAUCUCCGAAAUUUUCCUUUUCUUCAACAUGCGUAAUAAACUUUAAUAUUGCAAAUGACUGGAAAUGCCCCAAAAGAUGAAGGUGUUCUAUUCUAUAUAUACCAGUAAUGGACUGAUAACUUCUAAUAUAGAAUCAUGCAAAAUAUGCUGUGAUACUUGUUGUAGAAACUUUUGGUGCUAUUAUUUAGGAUAAACCUCCAUUAGAGAAUAUUAUGCUAUGAUGCCAUUUGAAGGUAAAUAUAAGUCUCCAUCACCAAAUAUUGAGCUGUGAUGCCAUUUGAGGGUAAAGUAUUCUGAAUAUGCAAGGUACUGGUAACACUUAAGGAUGUUAUAGCCUGAGGUUGUGUGGAUGAAAGGUAGCUGAUCAAUUCUGGUUUUAUCAUGUUCAGUAAAAGAAUCAUAUAGUCUCUUUGGGCAUGUUAAAAUUGCAUUCACUAUACAUACAUCUAAUCAUGCAGUUUUUAAUUAACGCAUUGGAUCUGGGUGCUUUGCUACCUGCAUGGUCUGGGCAUUAGGCUUACUUGAGUGGCGAUUCUAUUGGAUAUGAGGCUUGUAGGGCUAGCCCACAUGAACACUUGGUAUGGUGCUUUUUUUCUUUUUGAUAUGCUGUAUCAAGAUGGUAGUACAGUUUUACUUACACCAACUCUGUAUCAACUCUCUGAGUUAUUGAUAAAAAUAAGUAACCUUUUAUUAUUUGUGGCAUUUUUAAUCAUUUUUACAAUACGUAAUUUCCUCUAAUACACCCUGCGUCAUGGUGGGCAGGAAUAGGAUCUUGAGCAUGGAAAUAGUGUCCUCCUUGAAGCAAGUGAUGAUACAUUCCACACUAGUUUCUUGGUGGAAAUAAUAAAUGACCCCCUUUCUUAA